AUGUACAAGUACACCAUUGACGAACUAUUGCACUUGAAGCCAAGCGAGACUAUGACUCCAAACUUCGACGCCGUCGAAUUCAGAUCCAUCAUCGAAAAGGUCAAGCAGUUGUUGGCUCUCAGAGAAGAAGAAUUCCACAGCGCUCAUCCAUUGGGCUACCGUAGAAGAUCUUCCCACCACCACGGAAGACCUAAGGUGAAACACAACAAGCCUAAGGUGACCACAGACGAGGACGGAUGGUCCACUUUGGAAACAAAGAAGUCUGAAGAUGAAGAAGGUGCCAUUGCUGUGGACGGUGAAAAACCAUUCAUUGCCACUGCCACCUCUGCUUCCAGCAUUGCUCAAGAGACUAUGAAAGUUAAGCCAAAUAACAAGAAUAUCUCAUCUAGUAGACCUGCCGAUACAAAGGACAUUGUCGCCGAUAAGCAAAUACAUGGUUUCAAUACAUUUGCUGCCCUGGAAAGUGACGAUGAUGAGUAA